AUGUGUACUCGCGGAAUCAUCACCAUAGAGGCGAUGGGUCUCGAGAUUCAUCAGUCGUCCCUACGUGGCCUGAAGGCCGCGAGCGAGGACAGGAUCUCCAUAUGCGAGUCCGAGUUCGGAGUCUUGAUCGCGAUCUUCGACGGCCACUACACCGACGAACUAUCUAGCUACGCUGCCAACGUCCUUCCUCAACAACUAUGCGACCGCAUCUCGCGCAACAUCUCGUCAGGCGGCGGUGCAGAUAUCUCCACCGCCGUCGAAGAGGCGCUCGUCAAAGGCAUCGAAGACUUCGACGCCUCGCUUCUAGACAAUGUCCUGAAGCAUUUCCCGCAGGGGGCAGACACCGACUGGGACGAUCCACUUUGGGACGAUCCGGCUGAGGUCUUCGACAUCUUCGGAUACUCGAGGGAAGACCCUGUGUUUGUUGCCGCUAGACGUACAAUCGUCGGCUCUACGGCGCUCGUCGGAUUCAUCGAUAGAGAGAAGAAGAACCUCUGGGUAGCGUCCUUGGGAGACUCGGAGGCGGUUCUCGGCCGCGUCGUCGAUGACCAUCUCCAAUGUGAAGUCCUGAACGAUUUGCACAACGUCGAUAAUCCGGUCGAAGUCGCCCGCCUACAAGCCGAGCACCUCAACGAGCCACCCGUUGUCUACAACGGGCGCACCAUGGGAAAGUUGGCAAUUACUCGAGCGCUUGGCGAUUUCCACCUGAAGGUUGGCCUACGCCUUUCAACAAGGGUCUUGAGCUACGCGUAUCCGUCUUACCUUGGCACCAAUAUCAUCGAAGACUGGCAGAGACGUUGGAACUUUCACCCUCCUUACAUCUCAUCCACGCCGACUGUUCAUCGUCACGCACUCUUACCUGGCGAUGUCCUUCUUUUUGCUUCGGAUGGUCUCCGCAUGUCCUUGGAGGCUGUCCCGAUCGAGGAUGCGAGGACGCAGGCCAUGGUCGCGCUCGCAGUUACAGGGAAUCCGAGCUUAAAGCCUGUCUUGACGCGCCUCCGUGAUCAGCUCGGGCACGACUUCAUCCCGAUAAGCCAGAGUACAAACUCUGCAGACUUUGUCAUAAGGAAUGCGCUUUUCGGCGCGGACUUGAACAAGAUGGCAGCUGAGCUUGCGCUGACUGGGACGUCGGAGCGAUAUCGCGACGAUAUUUCCGUAGUCAUUGUCGAUCUACAAGGCUGAGCUAUCACUUGCUUAAACGGCCUGACUGAUGCUCGUGCGAUGUUUGGUACCCAGUCAACGAUUGUAGUCGAAGUAGUAGUAUGGUAUGAGUGUACAUCCCCAUCGC